AUGUUCUCGCACCUCUGGCCCGGCGGCGUGUGGAGACCCAUCAGGAAGCUGUGGCGGUUCCAGAAGUGGCAACAUCCAGGACUGGCUAUUGGUGAAGACCUUGAUCUCACCUGCUACUUCUUCCGGCCGGCGGAUCAGGAGGGACCAGUGCCACAGAUUGUGAAGAGGGCGGCCAACCCCAAAAACCUCUACCAGAAUCAGCACCCGGUAGCAGAAAACAAUAACCCAUGGUCAGCUCUUGGGAAGGAGGCAAAAGAGAAGUGGAGAGGAAUCGGGGAUCAAGUGAGAGCCGAGCAAGACCAUCAGGCGAGCAAAGGACUGGCGAGUCUAUCAUCAACUCUCCUCCCGUCAAUGUGUCAUGAAAUCUUCGGUCGACGCCCCAUUACUACUAAGUUUAGCACAGUCUACCAGCCACUCUCGAACCCGGAUUGCGUCUUAAAAUCGUCGGUCGGAGAAAUGGAGCUGUGCCUAAAGCAGUACUCCACCUACUUCAGACUCCACGAUUUAAGUCAAAACUUUCAUCGAAGAGCACUUGGAGACAUGGAGCAACUUGUGGAGAAAAAGAAACAAAUCGAAAUGGAGCUGCAAUCAAAAAAGAAACGAAUUGAAGUUUUGGACAAGACAAUCAAUGAAGCAUCAGGAAGCAAGAAGAAUAUUUCAAAUUAA